CAACUCAAUUCAAAGUAAAAGGUUGCCUUACUCAAGGUAAUCUUUACAUUAUUCAACUGGAAGAAACUACUCCACCUUUUCCACUCCUACAACCAGUACCUAUUGUUGAUUCAUUAUCAAUUCAUUCCAAUCCAUCUGGUGAGUUCGAAAGAUAA